GAAAGUACAAUUAAUACAAAUGGAUAUAUUUCCCAAAAUUUUAGUUUCUUUUAUCCUUAUUAACUCGUUGGUAUAUACCCAAGGUUGGUUUCGAGGAUGGAAAAGAUUUAUUAGAUUUUCUGGUAGACGACAAAGCACGAUCUGCAACGAACGCCGUACCAAUAUUAGUUGUCGCUAUGGUCAAACAUUAAAGAUUCUAUCAGCUGUUUAUGGCAGAACAGAGGUUUGGACUUGUAGACCACGAAAUAAAAAACAAAAAAUGUGUCGUUUAAAUGUACUUCGACAAGUUCAAGACCUGUGUCAACAGAAAAGGUCUUGUAAAUUGUACUCUUCAAAUCGAGUGUUUAAUAAACCGUGUUCUGGUACAGAGAAGUAUCUGAGAAUUAAAUACCAAUGUGUCAAAGGACAGAAAAAGAACGCGUGUGCACUUGCUCCCUGUAAGAAUGGAGGGAUAUGUAAAAGUUCUGGUACCAAUUUUUCCUGUAAUUGUCGAAGUGGAUUUACUGGAAAAAAAUGUGAAAUAAAUGUUAACGAAUGUAAAUCCAACCCUUGCCAGAAUAAAGGCAGAUGCGUUGACAUGCCAAAUAGAUAUAAAUGUGUAUGUAAACCUGGGUAUACAGGUCGUCACUGUGAAGUAGGUAUUAACGAAUGCAAAUCCAACCCUUGUCAGAAUGGAGGUAGAUGCGUGGAUGGGAUCAAUCGAUAUACAUGUGUUUGUAAACGAGGGUUUAGAGGUCUUCAUUGUAAAACAGAAAUCAAUGCAUGCAAAUCAUCUCCAUGUCAGAAUCAUGGUAUAUGCCAAACUGUUGGAUUAAGCUACAAAUGCAAAUGCAAACCUAAUUACACAGGUGAUCGAUGCCAAACAAAACGUGCAUGUUCUUCUAAUCCCUGCAAGAAUAACGGUAAAUGCAAAGACAUAAUAAAUGGAUUUAUCUGUACAUGCCGACCGGGGUACACAGGCGCCCAAUGUCAGACAGAUAUAAACGAAUGUUCCCCCUCACCUUGUCAAAAUGGUGCGACAUGUGUAGACCGGAUCGAUGGUUAUCGUUGUCAGUGUUGUCCAGGAUACUCAGGUGUUAAUUGUCAUAUAGAUGUAGAUGAAUGUGCCUCUAUGCCUUGUUCCAAUAAUGGCAAAUGUCAAGAUGAUGCAAACUCCUACCAAUGUGUUUGUCUGCGUGGAUACAGUGGACCUACUUGCGAAAAAAAAGAUGGGCCAAAUUCAGUUGAAUGUGGAACACCAUAUUGGAAACCAACGUUAAUUCAAACGAGAAUAGUUGGUGGAAAUCGUGCCAAAAACUACUCCUGGCCAUGGAUAGUACAGCUACGACUAAAUGAAAAACAUGAAUGUGGUGGAGCAAUUAUUGCUCCUAAUUGGAUUGUUACCGCCAAACAUUGUUUUCUACUAGUUAAUGAUGCAACAAAAUGGACAAUUUAUGCUGGUAAGACCCACAAGUCUUUACAAGAACCAUCAACACAACAAAAACGAAAAGCUGUCAAAAUCGUCGACGCAAAAAGUCCUGACCACAUUCUUCACAAGGACAUCAGCUUGGUAAAAGUUGAUAAGCCAUUCAAUUAUAAUAAUUAUGUACGACCAAUAUGUCUGCCAACAAAAGAUGUCAAAGUCGGAGAUAUAUGUUUCGUCAAAGGUUGGGGAGAGACACAAGGUACUGGCCAUGAAAAUGUACUGAAAAACACAAAAUUACCAAUUAAGGAUACAAAGAAAUGUAAUACAACCAUCAAUCCAACGUUGGCUGGACAAAUAACAGAAAACAUGUUUUGUGCUGGUUUUCAGGGUGGCGGACAUGACGCUUGUCAGGGUGAUAGUGGAGGACCAUUUGACUGCAUCCAUUCCAACAAAUGGUACCUUUCUGGAAUUGUUUCUUGGGGUAUAGGCUGUGCAGAGAAAAAUAUGCCUGGUGUGUUUGUUAAUGUGAUUAAAUUUGUAACAUGGAUCACCAGUACCAUAGCAUUAGAUUGAUUUAGGUUUUCAAUACAAAAAAACCUACAUUUAGAUAUUAGUAUCUAAGCAAAAUUUUCAACUCGCAUUGUUUGGUGAUUUUUACUAACAUUCAUAAAUAACCUUUUAGAAAUCGAAGUAUAUGUGAGGAAUAUACUGUUUACCAUGAAAAACCAGUAAGGAUCAUUUAAGAUUCGUAAUUAAAUCAUCAAAUAGGAAUAUGGAGAUUCUAAUUUCGUUCUCUUUCAGAACCCAAAUCUGAGUAUGCAAUUAAAUUUUCAACAUUCAGUAUCAAAACUAAUAUAACCUUUACUUCUAAUAAUAUCUAUUAUACAUGAAUUGAGGUAAAUAUGGAGACAACUUUUGUUUUAGUUUCUUUAUUGUUAUACUCUUUAUAAAGAUAAGGAGAUGUGGUGUGUUUUUCAAUGAGACAACUAUCGACCCUAGUCCAAAUAACGUGGAUGUAAGCAACUAUUGGUGAUGGCCUUAACAAUGAGCAAAAUUCAUGAAAGCCAUACCGUAUAGUCAGCUAUAACAUGACAUGACAAAUUGUGAAACAAUUAAACAAAAUGGCCAAACUACCUGAUUAAUGACAAAACAAUAAACGAAAAACAAAAUGACAGACAGUAACCAACGACAAUCCCUGAAUUACAAGAUCCUGACAUUGGACAGGUACAUACAGAAUUUUGCAGGGUUAAACAUGUUGUGAGUGCUCAGUCCCCUUCCCGUACUUUUCAUUUAUAUUUUUUAUAUAUUAAUGCUCUGAAUUCGAACGUUAUGAGUUCGUGCCGAUCUAAUGCAACCUUGCAGAUCAAAGGGACAGUGUUGGUCCCCCUCUUCGCGGUAACUAGUUUCGAAAUUCCGUAAACAAAUAAAGAAAACAUACUGGAAAUCCCUUUUUAUUGUAAAACCCAAGGAACCAAUUCUUCUUUUUUCAAAAAGCUGCCAUCCAUAUUUUAUUGUUUAUUUUAUCAUAUAAAACAAUAUUUGAAGAUGGUUGACCGAACUUAUAAAACUACUAUUGGUUGUCACUUCAAUUCCAGGCAUUUCAAAUCUAUAGGCUGUUACCCCACUCUCCCAGGUCAGGUAAGGGUUCUGCGUCCGCAAACAUAUUUAACCCCGCCACAUUCGGCAUGUGCCCUUUUCAAGUCAGGAGCUUAUAAUACAAUUGUUGUCGUUUGCUGAUGUAUAUCAUUUUUGUUUGUUUAUUGUUUUCUUCAUAAAUCAGGCCAUCAGUUUCCUCGAUAUAAUUGUUUUACAUUAUGCAUAUUGGGACCUUUUAUAGCUAGCUAUGCGGUAUGUUUUUUUUUCUUGUUGAAGGCCGUACGGUGACAUAUAGCUGCUAACUUCAACAUCAUUUAUUCUGUGGUGGAAAGUUGUCUCAUUGAUAGUGGUAUCACAUCUUAUUUUUAUAUUUAGACCUAUACACAUAUAAGUGUUACAAGACAUUUCAAUUUAAAAACUUUAAAAGGCUUUCUUCCAAAUUCUACCGUUAGAUAUUGAAUUUCGAAUUUCGAUAUUGCAUUUCAAAUCAAGAAAUCCUAAAUUAUACAUAAAAUUAAAUAUAACUUUGAAAAAAUCCAUUCCUAUUAAACUUCGAAUCUGAAAUGAUACCUGUGGUCUUUCGUAAUAAGGUCUGUGCCAAAAAACUUUAUCAUAGGAAAUAAGAUUUUCAUAUCGUUCAAAUACAAAACCAAACAUAUUUUUAUUCCCUUGUAUGGACAGAUGCUGGAGAUGACUUGUUUGAUGAAGGAAGACCAAUGUUUUUUUUACAUCAUAUCGUAUCGAUUGUUCGCCCAAAACAAUUAGGUAAAACGAUCAAACUAAAAUAAUGGAAUUAUGGUGGAUUUUUAAUACAAUAAAUAACUUUUUUACUA